AUGCUUGAUCUCCCUAAACCAAUAUGCGAUGUGAUUAGUGAUGGGAUUGCCAACUCUGAAGUCAGGAGAAAGGAAAAUAUCAUAAAUAUGGAAGUCGACUCCAAACUUACUGGAUAUUUCCUCGCUUUCCUCGGUGCAGACAUUCCCCUCCUCCCACCUACUUCAUUCGCCGAUACGUGCAAGCUCUUGCGUCUUUGUGACCAAUUCGAAGCAACGAAUGAGCAUGUGAAUUUGGUGCGUGAACGCCUGGUUGGAGAGAGUAAAGGUAAACUCUGGGAAUUGUUGGCGUUCGCUUCCAAGAUGGACGACAGAAACCUCGGCUUGAUGGCCCUCAAGGAAAUGAACCUCGAAAGUUUCUCCCACGGGAGAGAGCCUGAAGGCAAAUAUGAUGGGUUAUUCGUCAAUAGGAUUUCGGAUCUUUCACUCGCAUGGCAAGGGAAGCUGUACAGUUCACCUCUCAAAGAUGAGACGGUCACAGUCAACCGAUUCUGUCUAUGCACGAGAGUCUCUAAGAAAGGUAGAGACUAUACGACCAGAGAUUGGGAGCCUACACAAGUCCCUGGGCUGACUUUCGUAGAUAGCUGGGAAAGAAACUGCAAUGGCUUUGUAACGGACAAGUGA